AUCAACGGUCUUCUUCUUAUACGCUUCAAGGUUUCUCUUUGCCCUGUCUUUUUUUCCAGUCCUUUUACGAGUGGUUUUUAAGGCUAAAUCCAAGGUCAAUAGUUCUUAAGAUCCAUCAUGACAAGCUCCCCUACUCCCGAUAUCUCUUCUCUGUCGCUUUCCUCUCAGCCAUCUCAGCAACGUCUUCACGAUACUUACGAUUAUGAAGGCAAUGGCAGCGGCAACGGCAGGUCCCAGUAUCACUUCCAAACGUCUCCCCCUCUCUCCAGUCAGUCCCAGUACAACCCUCUUGGCAUGACUCCCUCGCCUCUCAAGAACAAGCCUCUUCGCGGUGGCCUUCCCACCCAAUGGCUCGACAAUACUAACACAAUCCUCGAAAAUCGGUCGCUUUCGCCGAACAAUACUUCUGAUUUUUCUUCUGCUGGUGGUUCCCCCCCUAUGGCUCAUCUCAAUGCACCUCCUAUCGCGCCUUCCACGCCUAGUCAAAACGCCGAUGAUGAGAUAAUACCCACCGCCAUAGUUAUCAAGAACAUUCCUUUCAAUGUUAAGCGUGAAACACUCCUUGAUAUAAUUGCCUCUUUGUCCAUCCCUACACCUUACGCAUUCAAUUAUCAUCUCGAUCAACAAGGCUCCUUCCGUGGGUUGGCCUUCGCCAAUUUCCGCCAGUCUAUCGACGCAGACGCAGUCGUAGCUGCCUUGAAUGGCUUCGACGUUCAGGGCCGUAAACUGCGCGUUGAAUACAAAAAGGUACUGCAAGCUGGUGAAAAGGAGCGUAUCGAAAGAGAAAAGGCUAUUCGUCGGAUGCGCUCCAUGCAGCUUGAAAAAGAACAGCAGGCGGCAACUCAAGGGCAAUAUGACGACUUCGGGCCUGUGAUUACACCUAACUUCACCCCUCAACGCUCCUUCUCCACGUCUUCAUAUCAUCAACAGCAGUAUUCUCCUCCGCCGGUCCCUCCUCUUCCCUCCUCUCAGCCAUAUAAUCCAGUCUCAUCUCCUCCGGUUGCUCCUCCUACACCGAACCCUUCGGACAAAGCGACUGCUUCAGCGGAACUGGACUUGAAUGAUCCGUCUACUUUGGAGAUCUAUUCUCGUGUUUUGCUGUUCAGGGAUGAUCGCAUGCGAGAUGAACUCGCUUUUUCAAGGACACUCACUCCCAAGCAAAGGAGGACUGUCCACUUAAUUGCCCAAAAGUUGGGCGUGUAUCACUACUCUGUUGGAGAAGGUGAAGAUAGGUACGCAGUUGUUACUCGCAUCGACCCGAAUAGGACUCAACGAGCUCAACCCGCGACGCUUUCCCGUGCUCCCUCUGCCUACUUGUCACCGCCAGGAUCACAGUCACAGCUUGCUACUUCUCUCCGCAUGAAGAAAUCCAUGCCCGACAUGAAAACACUCCACACUCAGGCGCCGCGCCUUGCUACACGCGCCUCUAACGGGAACAUCCGUGAAGGAUACGCCACCAUUGCCUCUCCUUCUCGCCGUUCUCCGGGUGGGUUUGGUUCCUUGUUUGGCAACGGUGGGUUCGGUGGUGGGGCUAUACCGCCUGUUCCCAGUCUGCCGUCCAGUGUAACCGGAUCCAUGAACGGUAGCUUAAAUGAUGGGCCUGGCAGCGGCGUUGUUCGGCAGCCUCGAGGCCCUGGAGUAGGCGGCUUCGGGACCAGGAGACUUGCCACUACCGACAAUCAGGGCAGAGGUAACGGUUUGGAAGCUCGGUCCCACGAGCCUUUGGAAAUAUAGAUAAAUGAUAUCGGAGUAUGUAAGGGCACCCAACCAAGACAAGUUUAUGGACGGUUUUGCGGAUUGAACAGUGGUUUCUGUUCAGCUCUUACAAUUUAACACUGUCGGGGUUUUUUCUACCUUUCUUUUGUUUGCCUCUGGUUGCUUAAACUUAAAUUCUUGUAUACCGCGAAGCCACUUUUCUGAUCCGUUGUUCACCUUUCCCAUCAACUUUUCUGACCCUUUGUCUCAGUUCUGCUGUGCAAGAAAAUCGCUCUCUAUCAAUCAUUGUGUUUUCUCCCCGGAUUCUCCUCGUUUCAGUUUUAUAUCAUAACCUCUGAUUUUGAUUCAGAUAAAUCUAUGCAUUUCUUCAGUCACAUUAGCGUUUACUACCUUCAUAAUCGUAGCUGCGCCUGGCGCCAAUCCCCGGCUCUGGGGUAAACAC